AUGGGGGAUACGGCGCCCCCUCAAGCUUUGGGUCUCCUCGGAGGAGGAGGAGGAGGCUCGAUGGCGGCGGCGGCGGCGGCAGCCCCGCGGGUUCACAGCGCGAUCGUGGAGAGGCUCCGGGCGCGCAUCGCCGUUUGCCGCCAGCACCACUUGACCUGCGAGGGCCGCUACGAGCGGGGCAGGGCCGAGAGCUCGGAUCGCGAGCGGGAGAACACCUUGCAGCUGCUCAACCUCGUGCAACACGGCCAGGCGGCUCGGAAGGGAAGCAAGCACAGCAAAGCGGCAGCGGCGGUAGGGACGGCCGGAGGCAACGGCUCCGCCGCGCCUUCUGCUAACGCCGCAGCGCCCCCGGCGACCGACUACUACCCCUCGCAGCUGAUCAGCAACGGGAGCGCUGGUGGCAGGAAUGGGAUCAACGGGGAGUCGCCGAGCGCCGCCGCUGGAGGCGAGCCCAGGAAUCCGGCCCUGAUUGCGCUCCAGGGUUCCCUGAAGAGAAAACUGGUGGUGAAUCUGACACCAGGCAAUAACAAGAGAUCGAAUGGCAUUGCUGACAACACUUUCCUGGAUAUUAAGAGAAUCCGAGGUGGUGAUAAUAACCUUUCCAUGGGACGUGGCCAGUGUGGUAACAGUUGCCCAAACCAGUCAGCGUUGGGAUCAUUCUCAGUUGGUCAAGGUGCUCCAAGGAAAAUGGACAACUCAACCAGCAACAGUCAUUCUGGUGCAAAUGGGAUGUUUAACAUGACACUAAAAGAGGUCAAAAAGGAACCCGGGGAGACCAUCUCUUGUAGUAAACAUAUGGAUACCCAGACAUCUCAGAACAGUGUUUAUCCUAACAGAUAUGGAGAAGACACAGGGGAACAGUUGAUGGACCCAGAACUUCAGGAGCUCUUCAAUGAACUGAGUAAUAUUUCUGUGCCCCCCAUGAGUGAUCUUGAGUUAGAAAACAUGAUCAACGCCACCAUCAAGCAAGACGAACCCUUUAACAUCGAUAUUGGUCAGCAGAUCCAGAGAGGUCCCCCUGCCCAAUCGUCUUCCCUGCAGAUGGACAAGAUGGUGAUCAAGCAAGAGUAUUCACCGGGGUUGAGCCAACCUUCGGUGGGAUCCCCUCAGAUGAGGCCUCCUUCCACAGACUCGGCUUUCACCAUGCCCGGUGCUGCUAUGUCCACCUCAUCUCCCAUUCCUUCAAUACCUCAGACUCAGACCACUCCUUCUCAAGGGACGUCGGUCCCCACUCGGCCGCUGGCCAAUUGGCAAGAAGUGUCUCAUGCCCAGCAAUUAAAGCAAAUAGCAGCCAACAGGCAACAGCAUGUUCUGAUUCAGCAGUGCCAGCAAAGUCAACCAGCCACAUCCUGGCCUGGUUUGUCAUCUACAGAACCGUCUUCUGGAUCCUUUGUGCAGGAGAAGAUGUCUAGUCCAUCCUUCCACCAGCAACAACAGUUCAGCCCACAGAGUUCUGCAAUGUCCGGCAUACCAGUCAAUGGGACUCCAUCCAAAGGCAUGAACAGUUACUCCUACCGGCCAAACUCCAUGCCCCAGGGAAGUUCCGUCAACAUGGUAAUGCCCCGAAAGCCUCAAGACAUCCCCAGAAAUUAUGUCGGCAACAAUCAGGUGUCACUAGAGGAAUCUCAGAACAGUAUUAAGCCUUUGUUUCAUUUCAACUCGGAACAAGCCAACAAGCAGAUGUCUUCUGGCUUGGGAGCUCCAAAUAAACCUUCUCUUCUUCACUAUGCACAGCAACCAUCCCAACAGUUGUCUAACUCAGUGGUUCAACCACAGACUUCGCAGCAGCAGCAGCAGCAGCAGCAGCAGCCACAUUCGGCCCAACCUCAGCAUCUCCAAAGGCCCCCCAACAUACCCUUAGCUUUACAGCAAAAGAUCAUGCUCCAGAAAAUGCUACAAAGCCAACCUGGUUCAGCACUGCAGUUCCUGGGCCCACAGAAUCAGAUGAAUCAACAUGCCGUCUUGAAUCAAAGUGGAGGCACCAACCCAGGAUCUUCCUCGUGCACAAAUACAAACACUGGAACCAACUACAUCAACUCAUCGCCACAAGCAUUGCUGAAUCAGCAGCUGAAACAACAGUUCCUCCUUCAGCAGCAGCACCAAAUAUUAACUGAAGCAGAGAAAGGCACCCCUCAAGAUCAACUGAAUAGACACCUUACAAGACCACCACCAGAUUAUAAGGACCAAAGAAGGGGACAAGUCAAUGUGCAGCAAACACACCAAUAUUCUGGUGGAUCACCGGCUGUGACCAUCAACUCCAACCUAUGUUUCUCCAGUCCCAUUUCCACUUCUAACAUUUUGUCACAGCAAUCAAAUCUCUUGUCCACGACUCAUGGCACCAGAAUGCCUUCUCUUCCAGCAGGCCACCACGCCAGCUGCUACGGGAAUAUUCCCUGCAGUCAAGCAAAUGCAUAUAAUGUGCCACCCUCAGCAGUGAGCCAGGUUGCACAGCAUAGAAAUCUAAACCCAAUUGUCACCAGUCAAAACAACCCCGCAGCGUCUCGGCCAGCGCCACCUGGGCAAGGCAACAACAUGCCGACCUUUGACAAUGGCUUGGGAGUUAACUCCCAGCAAGGGAAGCUCAGCUUGAACCAGGGGACUUCAGCAUCACAAAGACCUUCAAACGUGAUGGUCAAUUCAAACGCUGCAGCUCAGAACUGGGUUUCUUCAGAAGCCGGAUUGAAGCAACCGGAAACACAGAGGGCUUCGGGGUCCCCGUUCUCAUCUGGAAGCUCCUAUACAAAUCCGCCACUACAGCGCACCGCUGCCCUACAGCAGUUUCCUCAGCGGGCCAUGGUGCCUCCUAACCAACUGAGCGCCCUCCAGAUGAGAUCCCCGAUGAGCCAAAUGAACCAAAGUCUGAAUGGACAAGUGGGUGGGCCACCCAAGCCCCAGAGUGCGAUGCCUCCUCAGUUGCAGGCAGAGGUUGUGGCCCACUUAAAUCCACCCAGGGUGGGGAUGACACAACCCCACCCCUUGUCCUCGAACCAGUUUUCAUCGAAUGCUACCCAAAUGUCCACCCGGGCUUUUCAAGGAACAGAUCACUCCAAUGAUCUGGCGUUUGAUUUUCUGAGCCAGCAAGCGGAUAACAUUGGGCCGGCGCUCAAUAGCGACCCAGACUUCAUUGACUCUUUGUUGAAAACAGAGCCCAGCAAUGAUGAUUGGAUGAAAGACAUCAACCUUGAUGAGAUAUUAGGAGGCCAUUCCUGAGGCAGCUAACAGUGAGGCACUCCUGGUGUUUUUUUUUUAAGACUGAAAAGUCAGGAUAUCAGUCUUCAGUUUGUAGAAGACAAAAGUUAGGGGAGGAGGGAGGGAAGCAAAACAGUGGGUUGCUGGAUCCAACCUUUAAAAUAUAUAUAUAAAUGCAACCAUGCUUAGACAUAGCUUGUUCCAUUAUCAAGUAUGCUAAUGCUGGUGAAGUCUGGAUCCGUAGCUUCCAAACACAGUGGUUCUGAAUGAUGAAGGAACUCGGAGAAGUGGCUGGUCAUCAUCUAAAUAAAUCCUAGAUAUGUAAGCUAAUAUUUACAUCUAUUACACAAAGGGGAGACCCAGGAAAAUGCACUGCAUCAAAAAUAUACUGCUGACAUCCACUAAUGAUUCUCUUGUGUAUCCGUGUGUAUGUGUAUACAAAUAGAAAUCUGGCUGGAGGAAAAAUAAACAGAAAACAACAACACCCAACUCAGAAAGCUUUAGCAAACGUCUUCCCUUAACGUUGCACAUUCUAAUAGGUUUUAUUAGAAUCCUUAUCGUUUUCAUUCACUGAGAAUAAAACAUUACAUCGUGAGAAUUGUAAUACAGAACAUCUGGAGUACAUCAAACUUAGGGAUGCAGAUUAACACUUCAUAGAGGGAAUCCAGGUGCCAUGAAAGAUAAGUUUAUUGAUAGAACCCGUAUAUGCAUAUCAAACAUCCCUGGUUCCAUAAGCUAUUUAGUGUGGGAAGAAAAAGAGUGGUCCCCAAAUCCUGAAGGUCCUUGGCGCACAUGGCAGCUUCCUAAAUCUCUAAAGUUCCUAAUGCUUCUUAAAACAGUAGUUUUCUGCCCACUUUCCUGGAAAUAAAUCUACAAAAUUAGGUGGGAUAAACAAGGCUGUAAACAGAUAAUUUGCCCCGUAAGUGGCUUCCUUACCCACUUUCCUUCCUAAUAUCCCUCCUUAUGGGAGAAUAUGGAGUACCAAACUCAAGAGAAUUAGAAACUUUCUAUUCAAGAUCUGUCUUGAAGUUUCAAAUAGAAAUAACCAGCUUCUCCAGCCUGUUACAAUUUCAUAAGCUUCCUCCUCAUUCUGUGAUGACCCAGGUCUUGUCACAAAGGCAACACAGUCACAUAAGUAAGAAAAGUCC